AAUCUAGAAUAUAGUAGAACUACCAGAAUAACAUGUUCUUAAAUAAACAAAUCUUCAUAGAUUUCAGUAAAUACAAAGUAGAAGUGAAAUUUCAUCCUUGAUACUGUUUGUAUUUUUGCAAAAUAAGUCACAUAUCCAGUAACUGACUUAAAUUUUUCUCUAUUAUGGCUUUAAAUAUAAAUAUUAUGCAUUAUGUGUGAAGAACAACAAUGAGCCCAAAGAAAGCUUGCAAGGUAACCUAGAUAACUUAAAUAUAUUUUCAAUGCUGAACAUUAAAUGAUAUGUAAUGUCUGCCACAGGUCAGUAAACUGAUACCAUGUAAUGCAAUGUUGCACGACAAACCUUGGGAUAUUCACAAGGAGAGAAUCAAAUUACAGGCUUGUUGUGUGACAUCUAGUACAUAAUUUAAUUCAUGCUAAAUGUAAAUACAAAACGUAAUAUAAAUAACCAAGGAUUCUAUAUAUUCCUUUCCAAUUUCCUGGGCCUCAUUUCCAAGGUCCAGAAUUAAAAAUGGUAGCAUAAGCACAAUUUUCACUUUGGGUCCGUGGUUUUAGGGUUAUUAAAGGGUUAUUUAAUAGGUUAAAGCCUUCCAUGGAGCUUAAAAAAAGUCUUGGUAAAUUGUUAGGGGAAAAGUGGCUGAAAGAGCUUUUUAAAACUUUCAUAAAAAUCAAAGAAAAUUCCAUUAUGCCAAGAGGAGCUAACUUGACCACGUUAUAUCAUCAAAAACUAUCUAUCAGUUCACUUAAAGAAUUAGUUCUAAUAAGGAGACAAAUAAGCAAAAUUCUUUAAGAAAGCAACUAUUUUUACCAGACAAAACUUAACAUGUACAAAAUAUAUUAGAAAUGACUUCAGGAUUUCAUGAUUUUACACGAAUGUUUCUACAUGGAUGAGUGGGUUUGGUUUAGUUUGACAUUCAAGUUGUCUAAUAUCUGUAGACAUAUUCCAUCUGCGUGCUUUUGCACAUGGCCAUGCAAAGUCCCUGUCUGAUAACAUUUGACAAUUUUACCACUACAAAUUUAUAAAUGUGUGUGACUUCAGGCGAGCGGUGGCAAAUUUUCAAAAUGCACCUGUUCAUGCAAGAAAGAUAGUUUCCAGUCUGACCUUUUGUUAAGCAAAAAUUUACUUAUUAGGAGGUUAAGGAUUAUAAAUAGAUGUAUAGUAAAUUGAGCACCCAGGUUUAAAAAUCUUGUUUAAUUGAUUAAAGAAACUGUCUGUUUUGAUUUGUCGUUUCUGCUUUGUCAUUCUCCCCAUUAUUGGUUGCUUGGCUUCAUUCACCACAUCUCCUCAAAGUUGUGUCUCUUGACCUUUCAUUUCGCGAAUAUUUUCAUGGAAGAAUCUACGUAGGACGGCAUGAAGAUAUAUGCAGUAUACAAGGACAUAAUUAAGAUACACAACAGCAUCAUAUUGAAAAAGUUUCGUUCCCAAGGCUCCAACAUGUAUAGGCCUGAAUUAACUUUAUAUUGGUACCACUUUAGGCCUAUCCAUUCAUUCAAACUCUUUCUUUUCUUCGAAGGCAUACUCACGUCUAUUUGAUGUCUUCGUAUAACGACUUUUGAGAAAAAUGUGAAAGAUACACUCAUUGAACAUAAGCGAUGAUUUGGUAUGCACCACACCCUUUCGCCAUUCAAUCGUUUCGAUCGUGUAAAUGUCGAGUCUCGUUUUUAGUUGGCCUCUUCUUGCAGCAAGUUGGGAAACGAGAGAGGCAAGCCAAGCAAAGAAAUAGGCAAGCCAUUGUGAAUUUAAGUCAGUGGAAUACUGUGUAGUGUGACAUGGAGGGUUGCCCAGAAUGGUGAUAUAUCAAGUAUACAUGAGAGCAAAUAUGCGACUGCCACUAUACUUCAUGUCAUGCCUUCUUGUCACCAUGUGCAUGAAGAUGAAUUUGACAUCUGGGGAAGACAUAAUCUCAACUCAUACUGGGAAAAUUGGUCCAGGAAAUUAUACAUACUUUGUAUUGCAUGAAAAAGGAACAAUUACACUUAUUCUUGAAAGCUUAGUUGGUGAUGCAGACAUCUAUGUUUCAAAAGAUGUAGAAAGACCAUCUUAUCUGGAAUAUGAUUUGCAGUCAACCACUUGUGGUCUUGAUAUAGUGACAGUUCCAAAGUUGUACAAAAGGCCAGUUUAUAUAGCUGUCUUUGGUCACGUUUAUGCUGGAAUAACAAAAUACAAAUUAUCAGCAAUUAUGAACUUUGAAGGGUCAUAUGAGUCAAGCCAUGUUGAAGCUUCUGAAACUGAUUUCACCAGCACUUUUAAUGAUGAUGAUGAUGAAGAAACACAGUCUUUCAAAUCAGUACUUUGGACAGUUUUGGUUGGAAUCCUCAAAAUAAUUCUUGAGAUAAUUUUCUAGCAGUUUUUAUCAGAAAGACAGUAUAAAUGUAAAUUUGGUAGAAAAAUUUGUUAAAGACAAGCUUUGCAAAUGGUGAAACAAACUUAAUAUCAUACAUUUAAUAAAGAAGGCAUAUACACAUUAGAUAACUCCAAAAGCAUGCAAUACAUUUGUGGUUUCAUUGAUCAUAUGAAAUUAUAAUACAUCUGAUAGAUCUAAAAAACAGUUAGAAAUUGCUAAAUGAGCUGUUUUGUUUUGGAUAGAAUCUCUGAAAUUUUCCCCCAAAUUAGCAGUUAAUGUUACCAAUCAUUAUUGUUCUACAGUUAAUAUCUGAUGAAAGGCUUGGGCAUUAUAUCUUCACAAGGUUUUUGCUCCAAUUCAUUUUCAUGGUUUAGAGGAUGAUUUUAAUUCAUAUGGUCUCAGUACCAUAUAGAGUUUUAUACAGUCCAUAUUUAAGUUUUUAUAUGGCAACUUAGAACCGUCGAAACCAAAUCAUAAUUUUUUACAACAUGCACUUGAGAAAUUUUUACAGAUCCUCGAUUUGUAUGGCUGUUGAUGAGAGAUGGAGAUAUUCUACCACAUCUAUAUGUUUUAUCUUUUUUAAAGUGCUUCAAUAAUUAAAUGCAUACACUGGGUGGGAUGGGUUAAGCUGUAAUACAUACUUUAUGAAUACCUGGUAAAUCUGAAAAGCUUUUCUUGACUUUUGCAAAUCAUAGAAAGAGUUUUUAAAAAGACCUUUCACUGUAAAGUUAUAAUAUUAGGUAAUGUUUAGGUAAUGAAAAGAC